CAAACUUUGGGCCAAACACAGCGCAUAUGCCUCAUGGGUCGGCUGUUGGGCAGACUACUCCCCAAUCUCAAGCCUCCGACACAAAUGAGCAAGUGACCAUCAUAUUUCCUGGUGAACGAUCGAAAAAGACAUCCAAUGGCAGGAAACAGGCAGCUCCAUCUGUCACCUCAGAGUCGGUAGACUCAGAAGCCGACCUUGAGCCAUUGGUGGACACAACGGCUGCCUUGACCCUGACAUCGAAAAAAACACUGAGAUUAAAACGACGGCAAGAGAAGAAGCAGUCGCAGAAAAAGGCAUUCUCUCACGAUGUCCACUCAUUCCUCGAUCUCCCAGGCGACUUGAUGAUUGCGGUCUUGAGCUAUCUGAAGCCAAGUGAGAUUUACAGACUCCUCCGAUUGAACCAUGCAACAAGACGAUUCAUUCUAGACAACAUCUCCCCAAUUACCACCCAGGUGAUGAACCGUCGAUUCUGGGUUCUGAAACAAUGUUUUCCAGUACCAGUCGCUUUGGAUGCAGUGCCUGAAUUCGCCCAGCACGCUGUCCUGAGUCAAGCCUGGCAAGAUCGAUUACGGAUUCACAAGAAUCCAUAUCAACACGUCCAGGCAAUCGAUCCGCAGUCCGUAUGCACAUGUAUGAGCUGUGCAUUGGCUUGGAACAAUCUGUGCAUCGUUCUCGACCUAGCACACUGGCAGACUAAUCUGGAAAACCGGGAACCGAUCCCCAUCAUUGCCCGAGGGAGCACUCCCGAAUGGAAUGUCAAACUGUUGGAUGACAAUGCAAGAAUUGUGAGACUGGCCAUGAAGAGUCCCCUUGCACAUGCACGGAUCCUACAAACUCAUCUCGACACGACAACUCGCGCCAUCAUCCGAUCUGGUAGAUGGAGGAAAAAGGGCGAAAAGACAACUACUCCAAGACCUAGAUUGUAUCAUUUGACAGACUCAGAGGCUGCUGAUGGCUAUGACACGUACCUUGAGCGGAGUGGGCCUCCAAGCUACGAACCUAUCUACAUGCGAGACAACUACUACAGCAUUGAGGCGUUUGUUCCCAACAGGAAGUGGGAUAAGACCGAACAGGUCUGGAAGUAUUACUCGAAAUGGCCAAAACCGCACGAGGAUUCUCUCAACUGGCUCGUCGCCCGAUUCAUGCCCAAGUCAUGAUACGGGGAUCAGGUCCUGUUAACGCUUUUAUGAAAUGCAUCAACCAACGAGACUGGUUCGUAACCCCCGAGAGAGCAACUCACAACCUACUACGAUUGACGGUUGCAUCGCUCGAAGAAUCACCAUCGCCCACGAUGAAGUUCCAUUUCACACCCAGCAUCUCAACAGCUCCAUCUUUAUACACACCUUCUCUCCUAGCGAUAUUGAGAAUCCUCUCAAGACGAUCCUUCCCGUCAACUUGAAUGGUGAUCCUCUCCAAACCUUCAGGCUGGCCCUGAACACCAUUGACAAAGUCAAGUUUGGCAUUUGUGAAGAGCAGAUUAUUAGCCUGGGAUGGGACGCCGAAGAGAUGAUUCCAGCGUUGGGCCGCAGCUUGGAUAUUGGUAUUUCCCGGGGCAAGUCUCAAAGUCGCACCAAUGAGUUUUAAAUGUGCCCGUCGCUUCAUUGCGGUCGAGUAAGCAAGAUAGUCGGCUCCGCAUGCAUGCCAGGGACUGAAUGGUGAGUCAAGCGGGGUUGGGUUUUUUGGUGAUGGCGUGUGAGAGUCGAGUUCGGGCAUCAUGCCUCCUAGAGAAGAGAAGAGGGAGGGAAGAUCAGCAUAUCAUCCACUCGAUCCCGGCCCGGUGACAACGAGACAAGACCUGGCGGGAGAGGAAGAAAUGAAAUAAAGGGGCAAACGAACCAGGGACACCCUUUGGAUGGUAUUGAAUACAAACAGCAUCGUCAUGGACAUGGUCGAAAAUAACCUUGGCCAACUUCUGAGACUCGAUAUAUUUUCUCCGAGCGACGGCGUCAAUCGUCUGCAUGAUGAUCAUGUAUCCACCAUCACCUCGUUUCUGAAGUAAUCUUCCAACUGUGGUAUCGGGUUUGAAUGGGGAGCAAACUUCAAUGAUGUCGCCGCCGAUUGCGACUGAUCAGAUGAGAUUAGAUAAACGAGGAUCAAUAGAUGCUAAGGGGGAAGGAUUUACCGAGAAUGUUCUUCA